AUGCGGUUCCGCGGGACGUUGGCCAAAGACGCACUUGUCGUGCUCCUGGAUAUCGCGCAAUCCUUUGUGCGCCUGGGCUCACAGAGCAGCGCAAAGACAAAUUGUGUCUUUACUUUAACCCUCGAAACGCUAUCUAUCGCACUUAAAAGCGGUGGCGCAGAGGAGCUCCAAAGUUUUGCCCGGCUGCAAACUACGCGUCUCUUUCAUGACGUUGUCGUGCAGUCUCGAGCUGAAAACCACAUUGGCUUCCUUUGUGACAUGCGACAUUUCCAACAAGCGUUAACAUCAGGAAAAGACGCGAGUGCCGUUAUGUUGCGUCUACUUAAGCGAGACGGCAGCAAUUUCUUAUGUCUGAGGACGCGCGCCGUAGACAUCGAUAUUAUACAGAGUAUUCCAAUCGAGGUAUUGGCUAUGAGUACUAUAGAGCACUAUCAAGAGCCUUGUGUUCCAGCACCAGAUAUUGCAAUUGAAAUGCCGCCGCUCCGCGCACUGCGUAGCAUUGUAGACAAAUUAAAAGGUAUGCACAAGACAAUGUCGGUGGAGGCCAGCAGGAUGGGCACUGUCAUUCUACGCAUCGAUACGAAUCCAGUCACACUGCAAACAUUGUUCGCACACUUACGCUAUCGUGAUGAUCUGAUUGAAGAUGGUGGAGAUGACGAAGAGGAAAAGGCAAGUCGAAGAGAAAAACGUUCGUUUACUGUCACAGUUGAUAGUAAAGUGCUAAGCAAAGCGAUUUUAGUAGAUGGACAGUCGACAGCUUCGGUGCUGUGUUGUAUCACUGAAAAUCAAGCAAUGGUGCUGCACUCCAUUCUUGUGGACUCUUUUGGGUCUUUUACGUGCUACAUUCCCGUGCUCACGCCCGACCUUUGA